AUGGACCUCAAGCGACUUCUUGAUGGCCCCGAAAGCGGCGCUAAAAGAGUCGCGGAAGGGCCUUUGACGCCAGAGGAGAUUGAGCUUUUCCAAAAGGAAGCUAUCUUUAGGCAGAUGAAGGCGUAUCAGCGGGAGCGUGACGAGCUCCAGGCCCAGUUAGCUGCGGUUACUACCCCCCCGCUAGAAGCGUCGAUACGUAAAGAGUUAGAACGAGUCACUGAGCAGUACCUUGAGGCGUGUCGUAAAAUUGAACGUCUCAAGUCACCGCUAGUUGCUCGCGUGACCCAGGACCCAGUACGAAAAGAUAGUGACGGCCAUGUCAAGGCUGAGGAGGAGAGUAAUUCUGCGACGCCUCAGCCAGCGUCCUCGAGUGAAGAGAGCCAGAAGAAGAUCCAGGAACUCACCGAGGCGCUUGAUGGAGAACAUGGCGUUGUUGCCAAGCAAAACGAGCAGCUCAAGCUUGCCGAGCAACAGGUCAUAUCCCUCGAAGGUAAAAUCAGAGAUUUGGAACUGCAAGUGGCUAAUUUACCGCAGGAGGCCGUUCGGAAAAGCGAUUUCUAUAUUAUGAACGACCGCAAAAUCCAAGACUUGACCGCAGACAACGUCAGACUAGAGCAAGAGCUGCAGCGUCAACAAACUACUCUCGGCCAGCUUCAGGGCGAGCAAGCGUUCUACGAAAAAGACGUGCGGGAAAAAUAUGACCAGCAGAAACAGAAUCUGGAAAAACAGCUCGAACAGAUGGAGGCCGAUGUAUCGCGUAUCCGCGGCGUCCGCGACGAACUUAUGGGCGAGCUUAACGUCAAACGAGCCGCUGAGCAAGAACUAAUCAAGCAGACCGAGGCUUUAAAAGAGCGUUUGGAGCUUGCUGAAGCUAAAAUUUCCUCCUCCACUACCAUAGAUCCUGCGGAAGUCGAUGCGGUUGUCGAAGGCAAAAGUGAACAGGAGCUGAGGGAGCUCGCCGCGAAAUUAGCCCGCCAAAACAAGGCGUUUGCUGCCGAGAUCCCUGGCCUUGAAAAAGCAUUUGCCAAGGCGCAUGCACGUGCCAACCAAAAGAUCAUUGAUCAGGCUGCUGUUGAUGCCAAGCUAAGUGCCCUCAAUACGGCCAAGGUCAAAGCAGAUGAAAAGUAUUUUGGCGCCAUGAGGGCCAGAGACGCUCUGAAUAUCGAGUACCAACAGGUGAAGGCAGCUUUGGCGAAAAGCUCGGAAGUAAUCAACAACCUGCGGGCUCAGGAACAAAAGUUGGUGAGCAACACUGCCCGAGUGCAGAGACAGUUGGCCGAAGCUGAAAACAAGGUGGUACAGGUUCAGCGAGUGCAGGCGCAGGUUGAGCGGCGACGAAACGAGCUGGAGCAGCAGCUGGCAGCAGCCAGACACGAGAUCCAGAAGCUUCAAAGCCAGUUGACCACAAGAGACGGAGACAUUGCUGAAGAGCGCACGACCAAACGUAAUCUUGAACAACAGAUCGAAAAGCUGAAAAAGCAAGUGGACGUCAAGCAGCUCACGUCCGGUAUGGGAUCCGCUCAGGCCAUACAAGAGCAAAUCGAGUCUCUGCGUUCGAUCGCGUUAUGCUCGCUGUGUACCAAGAAUUGGAAAGACACUGCCAUCAAAGUGUGUGGGCACGUAUUCUGCAACGACUGUGCUAUGGCACGUCUCAAUGCUCGCAUGCGUAAAUGCCCAUUGUGUAAUAGCCAGUUUGGCCAAAAUGACCUCUUACAGGUCCACCUUUAA